UUAUCAUCAAGCUAUCUUUUUCCUCUAUUACUCUAAACCGUUAGCAGUUCUAAGGCUGUACACUUGACAUCCGCCACGAUGACUGAUACUAAAGACUACUGGAAUCACGAUGCACCUUUCUAUGCUCAUUGGACAUUUCAACGCAGCUCAGAUGGUGUCACGGGCAAAUGGUUUCGAUUUCUCGUGACAGCUGCCUCACGCGAGGACGCAAAGACCUUCUUCCGGGGUGUGGAAAAGUACGCCAAGACCAAGGACGCAAACAUAGUUUCCGUGAAGGCCAUUAAUCUAGCGUGGUGGACCUACGAUAUCAGCGGCGGUAGCGGCUGGAAUCCCAUGUAUCUUGUCCAAAAUAUCGAUCAAAUGAAGGCAUCUCAGUACGGGGAUAUUGAUGAAUUACGCGACAGCCGGGGCAAGAUCCUUGUUUCGAUUUUGAACGAUGCGGAUGGCGGUAGCAGGUCCUGGCCAAUACUUCCUGCUCAAAACGUGUCUCUCAGUGACUAUCAACAUGGCUAAGGUCUGCCUACAAGGCUAGAGGUGUAUUGCUUUGUGCCUUUGUCGAAUCCUGUGGGCACUCCAGCUGGUACGAUAUACAUUACUCCAUUAUGGAAAAACUUAAAGUGUGUUCCUAACUUGACUGUUAAUUAUGGCAUCCAUUGAUAUAUAUAUGUGAUAUGCUUCUUGUGAAGCAGGUUUAUUGUUCCCAAAACUUUGUUCAUGUAGCUAAAAAUUUCUCUAGUCUUGGGCCAAGUACUGGAAUAAUCCUAGCAACACUUAUAUGGAACGAAUAUACUGGUAUGAGAUCA